GCCGUCUGGAGGCUAGACCCCGGCAGGGACCUCUCCUGGCCAGUCCUGCCCACUCUGAGCAUCUCAUGUAGGGAAGGAUUCCCAGCUGAUGCCCCCUAUCUCUCCGUAGUCCUCAUCUCUCUCAGCACUGACAGAGUGUGAGCUGAAUGAACAGAGGAGGAUUGUCUAGAGAGCGAGCGAGAGAAAGAGGCUAGUAGUACUCUCUUCUCUCCAAUGUGCUAAAGGACAUUUACUAAUCUCAUCAUCAUUAGUUCUUGCUCACACUUAAGCAGCGCUGAAGUAAUUUGCUCUUCUGGGGCUGUGUGUGCUUCGAGUGUCUGUCUGAAGAGCUUUAGAGGCUCUCUCCCUCUCUCUCUGCCUUUUUCUCUCUCUCUCUCUCUCUGCCUUUCUCUCUCUCUGCCUUUUUUUCUCUCUCCCUCUGCCUCUCUCCACCUCUUUCAAUUCAAUUUGCUUUAUUGGCAUGACGUAACAAUGUACAUAUUGCCAUAUCUCUCUGUCUUUCUCUCUCUCCACCACCAAACAACAGUGGUUCACAUCAUACGGAGCUGCUACUGCUAUAGGGCCUAGUGUUUAUCUCCCUGGAUCAGAUGGUAUAUGUCUCUCUGCUCUCAGCUGCUGACUGCAUUUAUAUCAAUAUAGGAAAGGCCCUAAAGUCUAUAGACGAGAUGAAAGAUGGCCAAAAAAGUGGCACCGUUUCAGAAUAAGAGACAAGAAGGACCAGGGGUCAUCUCAUUUUCCACCUCUCAUUCAUUUUCCUGGCCAUGUAGCUGACGUACACACAUUUCUGUCAGUUUGUAGCUGCUGUACGGACAUUUCUGUCAGUUUGUAGCUGCUGUACGGACAUUUCUGUCAGUUUGUAGCUGCUGUACGGACAUUUCUGUCAGUUUGUAGAUGCUGUACUGACAUUUCUAUCAGUUUGUAGCUGCUGAACUGACAUUUCUAUCAGUUUGUAGCUGCUGUACUGACAUUUCUAUCAGUUUGUAGCUGACGUACACACAUUUCUGUCAGUUUGUAGCUGCUGUACCUACAUUUCUGUCAGUUUGUAGCUGCUGUACCUACAUUUCUAUCAGUUUGUAGCUGCUGAACUGACAUUUCUAUCAGUUUGUAGCUGCUGUACCUACAUUUCUGUCAGUUUGUAGCUGCUGUACCUACAUUUCUGUCAGUUUGUAGCUGCUGUACCUACAUUUCUGUCAGUUUGUAGCUGCUGUACAGACAUUUCUAUAAGUUUGUAGCUGCUGUACAGACAUUUCUAUAAGUUUGUAGCUGCUGAACGGACAUUUCUAUCAGUUUGUAGCUGCUGUACGGACAUUUCUGUCAGUUUGUAGCUGCUGUACGGACAUUUCUAUCAGUUUGUAGCUGCUGAACUGGCAUUUCUAUCAGUUUGUAGCUGCUGAACUGGCAUUUCUAUCAGUUUGUAGCUGUAGCUGACUUACGGACAUUUCUAUCAGUUUGUAGCUGACUUACAGACAUUUCUGUCAGUUUGUAGCUGCUGUACCUACAUUUCUGUCAGUUUGUAGCUGCUGUACGAACAUUUCUGUCAGUUUGUAGCUGACGUACACACAUUUCUGUCAGUUUGUAGCUGACGUACGGACAUUUCUAUCAGUUUGUAGCUGACUUACGGUACGCAAAUUUCGGUUCGCUUGAAUUCCGUGGUCCGGUUCUCUUUUUUAGGACAAUGUGAAUGCAAAGCUCCCCAGGUUCACUUGUCAUUAUUCCUGCACCACACACUAGACUACUGCAACAGCGUUUCCCCUGCCAUAAACCCUCACAUUGGUGCCUCAAAAGAGAGAAGAUGAUGAUGUGCAGAUUCGCGGAAGAAAAGGUGUGCCGUUUUGGGAUAUUGAUUAGCGAUUGUCAAGGAAGCACAGAAAUUCCAAAAUGUGUGAGGUUUUUAGUUCAGAUUAUUUGUUUGCAAUAUAUGUGAUCUAUAUAUAUGUGAUCUAUAGGCUAAGAGCUUCAUAAGCUGCUUAUUAUCGUGGGGUUUGAAUAGUGUGAGAAGACUAUAUUUGGUGAGAAUCACAACAUAGGUUUGUAUAAACAACAGGGUAUAAAAUCUAUUCUAGCUCUUAAAGGGGCAGUAGCCUACCUUGGGUGUACAAUUUUCAAUUACAGCAUUAUUUAUUCUGCAGUUAUUCUAUUGCUAUUUAUUCUGUUACCAAUCAAAUUACAAUUAUUAUGUCUCAUAUUUUAACUAAAUGCAAUCUUUUAGCUUCCAAAAUGUAAGUAGGUAUAUCUAGCUGUCCGAUAACACAUUCUGAUGGAAUUGUUUGUCCUACACUUUGUAAAACCCAGAGUGCAUUGAGUGAAUGUUGGAAAAAGAUAUUGGUUCCUUUAUAAACAUAGCAAUGUGAAUGCAAAGAGGACUCUGGAGGAUUUCUGCAUAGUGCAGCUUUAAAAACCUGCUGUAUGUAAAAUAUUGUGUGCUAUAGCUUGGAAAAUAAAUACAUGUAACUCUGGAUGACAACAUCAUGAUGUUUGUUUCCAACAUUAGGGCUGUUUUCCUAAAGAAAUCUGCUUCGUGUUUUUUUUCCCUUGCCACGAUACUAACGAGUAUCAUGAUACUGGCAUCGUCCCGGACCUAAUUUCUAUAUGUUUGUGAUGCUUUAGUUAGCCUGCUUGUCUCAGGUGACCUGCUGCAAGCCCAGCCUCUCUCUCUCACAACAUACUGCUAAAACACAAAAAAGGGCCGGCGGCCAAAAUACAUGCUGAAAAAUGGACCAAACUACAGUAUCAGUACACAGAAGGUCACUUGAAGUGUGUGUGUGUGUGUGGCGUGCAUAUAAUGUAUGUGUGCAUUGUGAGCUUGGCGGUCCUAGGUUAGUCAGCAUGUUGUUUACCCAGGCAGCUCAGGGCUGUGAAUGCGUGUAGGGAGGAUGGGAGGGGGCCGGCGGGGGAAGGGGACAGGAAAUAGUGGCAGUGACCUGGCUGGCGUCAGGGGGGAAGGAACAGGAGGGGUACCCAGUCCAGAAUGACACACACCCAGGCCACGCACCCACACGCACACGCAUACACAUCCAGCUAGAACAGUAGAAAACGUGACCACCAUGACAGGGUUUAGGCCUACUGACGGGAGGUCAUAUGACAGAAAUGCUAUAAUAACCAUAAUCCUAUCCUUGCCUAUGGCUCUGUGGACAUCAUGGUAUGAAGGAGUUUAGGCCUACAUGUAUGUACAGUGAGGGAAAAAAGUAUUUGAUCCCCUGCUGAUUUUGUAUGUUUGCCCACUGACAAAGACAUGAUCAGUCUAUAAUUUUAAUGGUAUGUUUAUUUGAACAGUGAGAGGCAGAAUAACAAAACAAAAAUCCAGAAAAACGCAUGUACAUUUUUUUAUAAAUUGAUAUGCAUUUUGAAGAGGGAAAUAAGUAUUUGACCCCUCUGCAAAACAUGACUUAGUACUUGGUGGCAAAACCCUUGUUGGCAAACACAGAGGUCAGACGUUUCUUGUAGUUGGCCACCAGGUUUGCCCACAUCUUAGGAGGGAUUUUGUCCCACUCCUCUUUGCAGAUCUUCUCUAAGUCAUUAAGGUUUCGAGGCUGACGUUUGGCAACUCGAAUCUUCAGCUCCCUCCACAGAUUUUCUAUGGGAUUAAGGUCUGGAGACUGGCUAAGCCACUCCAGGACCUUAAUGUGCUUCUUCUUGAGCCACUCCUUUGUUGCCUUGGCCAUGUGUUUUGGGUCAUUGUCAUGCUGGAAUACACAUCCACAACCCAUUUUCAAUGCCCUGGCUGAGGGAAGGAGGUUCUCACCCAAGAUUUGACGGUACAUGGCCCCGUCCAUCGUCCCUUUGAUGCGGUGAAGUUGUCCUGUCCCCUUAGCAGAAAAACACCCCCAAAGCAUAAGGUUUCCACCUCCAUGUUUGACGGUGGGGAUGGUGUUCUUGGGGUCAUAGGCAGCAUUCCUCCUCCUCCAAACACGGCGAGUUGAGUUGAUGCCAAAGAGCUCGAUUUUGGUCUCAUCUGACCACAACACUUUCACCCAGUUCUCCUCUGAAUCAUUCAGAUGUUCAUUGGCAAACUUCAGACGGACCUGUAUAUGUGCUUUCUUGAGCAGGGGGACCUUGCGGGCGCUGCAGGAUUUCAGUCCUUCACGGCGUAGUGUGUUACCAAUUGUUUUCUUGGUGACUAUGGUCCCAGCUGCUUUGAGAUCAUUGACAAGAUCCUCCCGUGUAGUUCUGGGCUGAUUCCUCACUGUUCUCAUGAUCAUUGCAACUCCACGAGUUGAGAUCUUGCAUGGAGCCCCGGGCCGAGGGAGAUUGACAGUUAUUUUGUGUUUCUUCCAUUUGCGAAUAAUCGCACCAACUGUUGUCACCUUCUCACCAAGCUGCUUGGCGAUGGUCUUGUAGCCCCUUCCAGCCUUGUGUAGGUCUACAAUCUUGUCCCUGACAUCCUUGGAGAGCUCUUUGGUCUUGGCCAUGGUGGAGAGUUUGGAAUCUGAUUGAUUGAUUGCUUCUGUGGACAGGUGUCUUUUAUACAGGUAACAAGAUGAGAUUAUGAGUACUCCCUUUAUGAGUGUGCUCCUAAUCUCAGCUCGUUACCUGCAUAAAAGACACCUGGGAGCCAGAAAUCUUUCUGAUUGAGAGGGGGUCAAAUACUUAUUUCCCUCAUUAAAAUGCAAAUCAAUUUAUAACAUUUUUGACAUGCGUCUUUCUGGAUUUUUUUGUUGUUAUUCUGUCUCUCACUGUUCAAAUAAACCUACCAUUAAAAUCGUAGACUGAUCAUAUCUUUGUCAGUGGGCAAACGUACAAAAUCAGCAGGGGAUCAAAUACUUUUUUCCCUCACUGUAGGUGAGAGAGUGCUUGUUGUUUAUACUAGCAUUUGGGUCACAGCCUCAAUAGCAAAAGCCCUCUGCAAAGGCUUGUGAGCCAUUUGACUGCAGUCCAGUUGGUUCAUUCUUGCUUGUAUUUGAGUCUUUUUGUUGAGUCAGCCUUUGUUUUUAUCUUGUUGUUGAUGUCGACAGAGCCUGUGGCAUCCUCUCAGCUGCACUGUUUGGAUGAAUAGCCUCAUGAAUAGCGUAGAUAGGGUAUUUGUGUGUGUGUGUGCGUGCGCGGUCCAUGAGUGUGUGUGCAUGUACAGGACAAUUGGAUGACCCAGCACCCAGGCACUGUGCUGCCGCCAUGGACACCCAUACUGCCCCACUGAGCUGGUGGCGUGCCAAGUGUUCCCAUAAGCUAAUACACCCCCCCAUCCCUACUGUCCAUGAUAAGACCUCAAGAUCUGAUCCAUAUAAAUAGAUGGAUGAACAUUUGCAACCUCUGAGCUUAGAUACGGUCACAGAUAGUUCUACAACAUUCAAGAGAACAAAAAGACCCCCAAAAGGAUCUGUCUUCAAAAGUACCCUUUUACAUGGAUUUUAUGUAGGAGUACACACAUAAUGGCUGGUAAGCCCACUGCGCUUGGGAGCAUUCAAUCCAAUUAAUGUAACUUUAUUGGGAGCAUGUCAGAUAGGAUAAAGUCCUUUAGAACUUUAGUUUCAGCCCUGCUAUGGAAUAUAAAUGGUUGUCAGAUCGUCUGACCUAGCGUUUUUUCAAGUCUGUUGCAUAUGGAUUGGUUAUAGGCCCAGGAGGCUUGCUGUUAGUUGCUGGGCUGGUUGAAUAUGCUGGAUAGGCUAUAUAGGACACACGCAUGUCUUUCGUUUGUAUCACCAGGCUAUUCUCUUUGUUACAGCCUGUGUGUGUGAGAGAGGAGAGCCCCAUAGAUUUCAUUGGUUUUGUGUAGUAGUUUUUUUCCUCACCUCGGGGCCCUCAUGGUGUAGCAGCGUGUUUUAGCGCCGGCCCUAAUACGGCUUGUGCCUUGCACCAUUCAACCAUAUAAUCAACACGCCGUUAGUGAGAAAUGACACUCCCCAAGGCAAAGAGUGAGGGAGGCAGGCAGAGAGAGAUGGAUCGCGACUUUUGUUGGCUCCAUACUUAGUUGAACAGAGGAGGCAUUGAGGCAUGACUAGGUCAAUGUUUAUGUGUGCCCCACACAAUGUACACACACCCUUAUCCCAGCCUUUUCCUUACUGUCAAAGUGCUACUUGCCUACAUUUGACACAGAAUGGCUCCUCUGAGUCUGAAUAGGUGACAGCAGCUAAGCCUUGUAUGGCAAUACUUUGAGAAGUUAAAUGAGAAGGAAACGCAAACUUUGCGAGGUGAAAUUGAGGAACAGUAAAGGUAGUACAGAUGCAAUGCUUAAUCAUCUUAAAUUGACGCUCCGUGAGAGCCAAACCGAUGUUGGCAACAGCGCAGCUGCAUUGUGAUUUCACGUGGAAUUUUAAAUGUUAAGAAAAAUUGUCCAUUUGUCACAUCCGUAGUUUAGAGUCACAGUUCACAUCAGUGAUUGCCAUUUCACCGGUAGUAUUCUGACUGGCUUGUGUGUGAUCUUGAGUCAUUUGGCAGCGAUAAAUACAGUGCCUUCAGAAAGUAUUCAUACCCCUUGACUUAUUCCACAUGUUGUUGUGUUACAGCCUGAAUUCAACAUUUAUUAAAUAGCUUUCUUUCUCUCGCCCAUCUACACACAAUACCCCAUAAUGACAAUGUGAAAACAUGUUUUUAUAAAUUUAUUGAAAAUGAAAUACAGAAAUAUCUCAUUUACAUAGGUAUUCACACCCCUGAGUCAAUACUUUGGCAGAUAUUACAGCUGUGAGUCCGUCUGGGUAAGUCUCUAAGAGCUUUCCGCACCUGGAUUGUGCAACAUUUGCCCAUUAUUCUUUUCAAAAUUCUUCAAGCUCUGUCAAAUUGGUUGUUGAUCAUUGCUAGACAACCAUUUUCGGGUCUUGCCAUAGAUUUUCAAGUAGAUUUAAGUCAAAGCUGUGACUCAGCCACUCAGGAACAUUCACUGUCUUCUUGGUAAGCAAUCCAAUGUAUAUUUGGUCUUGUGUUUUAGGUUAUUGUCCUGCUGAAAGGUGAAUUCAUCUCCCAGUGUCUGGUGGAAAGCAGACUGAACCAGGUUUUCCUCUAGGAUUUUGCCUGUGCUUAGCUCCAUUCUGUUUCUUUUUUAUCUUGACACCCCCCCCCCCUGUUCUUAGUGAUUACAAGCAUACCCAUAACAUGAUGCAACCACCACUAUGCUUGAAAAUAUGGAGAGCGUUACUCAGUAAUGUGUUAUAUUGGAUUUGCCCCAAACAUGUGAAUUGCUUUGCCACAUUCUUUUGAAGUAUUACUGUAGUGCCUUUUUAUUCUCUGCGUGCUUCCUUCUUCUCAAUCUGUCAAUUAGAUUAGUAUUGUGGAGUAACUACAAUGUUGUUGAUCCAUCCUCAGUUUUCUCCUAUCACAGCCAUUAAACUCAGUAACUGUUUUAAAGUCACCAUUGGCCUCAUGGUGAAAUAGGGCUAGAUGGUAUACCAUAUUUUACUAUAUAUCGGUAUUGAUACAAGGACCGGUUUUAGUUUUUACUUUAACUUCUAUAACGAUAUUUCAACGUUUGGUUUGUUAAUUGUGAUACGCAACUCCGGCACGUAUAAUAUCCGUUUUUAUAGUUUACUCUGUUUGCUACUUGCGUCAUCUCGCUCUCCUCUUCCUGCUGCAUGGCGCUAACCACACCAAGCCCCGCCCCCUGUCACUCAAGGGGAGAGCAAUUGCUCGACCACAGAGUCACGAGCGCUUUCUUGCAGUUCACACUGCAUUGUCAGAUGGAAGCAACAAUGUUGGUGACAUGCUGAUUUCCACAAGCGUUCUAUACACUUAGUAGUUUGCAGACAGUAAGAUACACAAACUAUCUGCUGGUUUGUCUUAGCAAGGUGUUGCUAAAAUAAUUUGUGUUGGCCGCUAAUGCUAAUCGCUAGUUUGCUGGCUAGCUAACUUACUAAAUGUACUAAGAGUCAGAGCAAGUGUAGCUAGCUAGCUAGCAGGCUAAUACUGACUGGUACCAGUGCUGGUGUAGGCCUAGAUAAGCAUGUCUGUGCAAUGGUAUCUUAUCAGAGAGCAAUAUGCGAAGCAUGAAUAUGUUGGCUAGCUACACGAAGGAUGUAACAUCUAAUUAGGGUCACCUGGAAACACUGACUAAAACGUUUGUUCCUACCCUGUCAAUAUUUUCCUCCCUGGUUUAUUCAUUUGUUGUCAUGUCAAACAACAAUGUAUUCAAGGUGCUGCCCACUAUAUUCCAACUAUUGAAUUAGAAUAAUCAUUAUAUUUCCAUGAUUCCAACACUUCACCAAUUAACUAGGCCUAUAUAUUUUUGCCCAUUUCGUACUGCGUGGCACAGUGUGGAAAUGAUGAAAAAGUGCAGGAAGUGUAGAAAUUGAUCAAAAUGCUGAAAAUUAUGUUUGUUUGGAGUUGGAUUGAACAGUAUAAAUUGAGAAAGCCCCCUUUAAAAUCACUUAUUUGUGUUUCCACCCUUGGGUCAUGAACUACUCAUAAAGCAUAUUUAGAACUUUUAUUAUUCAAAAACAUGAAAUACUGUCAUUCCGUCAAAAAUAUUGUGAAAUCCCUGUGCGGUUUCCUUCCUCUCUGGCAACUGAGUUAGAAAAGACGCCUGUAUCUUUGUAGUGACUGGGUGUAUAAAUAUACCAUCCAAAGUGUAAUUAAUAACUUCAAUGUCUGCUUUUUUUAUUUUACCCAUCUACCAAUAGUUGCCCUUCUUUGCAAGGCAAUGGAAAACCUCCCUGGUCUUUGUGGUUGAAUCUGUGUUGGAAAUUCACUGCUCGACUGAGGGACCUUACAGAUACAGUGGGGAGAACAAGUAUUUGAUACACUGCCGAUUUUGCAGGUUUUCCUACUUACAAAGCAUGUAGAGGUCUGUAAUUUUUAUCAUAGGUACACUUCAACUGUGAGAACAAAAAUCCAGAAAAUCACAUUGUAUGAUUUUUAAGUAAUUCAUUUGCAUUUUAUUGCAUGACAUAAGUAUUUGAUACAUCAGAAAAGCAGAACUUAAUAUUUGGUACAGAAACCUUUGUUUGCAAUUACAGAGAUCAUACGUUUCCUGUAGGUCUUGACCAGAUUUGCACACACUGCAGCAGGGAUUUUGGCCCACUCCUCCAUACAGACCUUCUCCAGAUCCUUCAGGUUUCGGGACUGUCGCUGGGCAAUACGGACUUUCAGCUCCCUCCAAAGAUUUUCUAUUGGGUUCAGGUCUGGAGACUGGCUAGGCCACUCCAGGACCUUGAGAUGCUUCUUACGGAGCCACUCCUUAGUUGCCCUGGCUGUGUGAUUCGGGUCAUUGUCAUGCUGGAAGACCCAGCCACGACCCAUCUUCAAUGCUCUUACUGAGGGAAGGAGGUUGUUGGCCAAGAUCUUGCGAUACAUGGCCUCAUCCAUCCUCCCCUCAAUACGGUGCAGUCGUCCUGUCCCCUUUGCAGAAAAGCAUCCCCAAAGAAUGAUGUUUCCACCUCCAUGCUUCACGGUUGGGAUGGUGUUCUUGGGGUUGUACUCAUCCUUCUUCUUCCUCCAAACACGGCGAGUGGAGUUUAGACCAAAAAGCUCUAUUUUUGUCUCAUCAGACAACAUGACCUUCUUCCAUUCCUCCUCUGGAUCAUCCAGAUGGUCAUUGGCAAACUUCAGACGGGCCUGGACAUGCGCUGGCUUGAGCAGGGGGACCUUGCGUGCGCUGCAGGAUUUUAAUCCAUGACGGCGUAGUGUGUUACUAAUGGUUUUCUUUGAGACUGUGGUCCCAGCUCUCUUCAGGUCAUUGACCAGGUCCUGCCGUGUAGUUCUGGGCUGAUCCCUCACCUUCCUCAUGAUCAUUGAUGCCCCACGAGGUGAGAUCUUGCAUGGAGCCGCAGACUGAGGGUGAUUGACCGUCAUCUUGAACUUCUUCCAUUUUCUAAUAAUUGCGCCAACAGUUGUUGCCUUCUCACCAAGCUGCUUGCCUAUUGUCCUGUAGCCCAUCCCAGCCUUGUGCAGGUCUACAAUUGUAUCCCUGAUGUCCUUACACAGCUCUCUGGUCUUGGCCAUAGUGGAGAGGUUGGAGUCUGUUUGAUUGAGUGUGUGGACAGGUGUCUUUUAUACAGGUAACGAGUUCAAACAGGUGCAGUUAAUACAGGUAAUGAGUGGAGAACAGGAGGGCUUCUUAAAGAAAAACUAACAGGUCUGUGAGAGACGGAAUUCUUACUGGUUGGUAGGUGAUCAAAUACUUAUGUCAUGCAAUAAAAUGCAAAUUAAUUAUAAAAAAUCAUACAAUGUGUCUUUCUGGAUUUUUGUUUUAGAUUCCGUCUCUCACAGUUGAAGUGUACCUAUGAUAAAAAUUACAGACCUCUACAUGCUUUGUAAGUAGGAAAACCUGCAAAAUCGGCAGUGUAUCAAAUACUUGUUCUCCCCACUGUAAUUGUAUGUGUGGGGUAGAGAGAUGAUGUAGUCAUUCAAAAAUCUGGUUAAACACUAUUAUUGCAUACAGAGUGAGUCCAUGCAACUUAUUAUGUGACUUGUUAAGCACAUGUUUACUCCUGAACUUAGGCUUGCCAUAACAAAGGGGUUGAAUACUUAUUGACUUAAGACAUUUCAGCAUUAGAUUUUUAAUUAAUGUGGAAAAUUUUCAACAACAACAAAAUUAUUCCACUUUUACAUUAUGGGGUAUUGUGUGUAGGCCAGUGACAAAAAAAUCUAAAGAUUAUCCGCAACAAAAUGUGGAAAAAGUGUGUGUGAAUACUUUCUGAAGGCACUGAAACUGACAGCGCUGGGUUUCCCCCUGAUAGUCGCAUGAUAGGCGUACCUCCUCAUUAGACUUGGGCAUCUCCUCUUGUAGACAUCUGCAGGCCUUCAAUUUGUCAUCUUUUAAACUUGAGGUUAGAGCCGACGCAUAUCAGGUUUGUCAAAAAUAGAUUGUAUGCGGGCAUCACAGCCAUAGAGGGACAUCAAAAGACAGUCACACACGUGUCAAUUAUAAUAUUAUACAACGGGUGGGUCUAAUCCUGGAUGCUAAUUGGUUAAAACCGCAUUCCAGCCGGUGUCUAUUCCACAAGUUACCACUGGCUAAAGCUAUGACGUUGAAAUGGCUAUGUACUCUGUUCCAUCUCACUGCGCAAUCCAAUGUCUCAUCAGCCCAGCCAGGAAAUGUAUAAACUUCAUCUCCACUAUAAAAAGCAUCUAGACAUUAUCUCCUAUUUCUUUUAGAUUAGCAUUUGGUUUUCAACAGCGGAGAUUUGUAUAAACCAAACACCGGCUUCUCAGGCAUUAUCACUUAAGUACGAUAGAUCCACACAGUACUAGUAGCUCUAUCUGUGGAUUACAUUCUCACUAUGCUCUGUUAGACAUGGUCCACCAGUCCGUCAGUUCCCAGUGUAUUGAUAUUUACUCGCUGUGAAAUGUCCCACCGCAAAUUGAACUGCAUUAAAACUAAUUGACACACGGAGACAGUGUGUGUGAGCGCAUGUCACGUAGCCUGCGAAUAAUGAGAGCGAGGGACGGAUGGAGGACAUAACAGAGAAGGAGCGGUUGUCCUGCACAUGUCCUAAAGCAAGGUCUGUAUGGGUGGUGUAGUUUGGGGAAAUACAUUAAAAUGUAGUUCUGAGUUGAUGUGGUGCGUAGUCGGCAACUCUGUAGGGUAAUAGAGUUUACUUACACGGUCAGGGUGUUGUAUUUUAUUUAUUUCAAUAUAACAUUUAUGUAACCAGGCAAGUCAGUUAAAAACAUAGUAUGGACUGUGCUCCUUUAAGGGGAGGAGAGGGAUAGAGGAAUGGGUAGACGCACUGGAAGAAGACUUCCCAUCCACAUGUCUACAAGUCAUUGAGUUGACAUGUGGCAUAGUCACACUAGUCAGCUUCUCUACUAUAUGGGAGUGGAUGGAGGGUGGUUGGUCACUGGAGUCCCAAAGGGGUGUGUACCGACCCCACUCCCCUUAACACAAUCUGACUUCCUGUCCGCCCCAGUGCUCCUUCCUGUGGCUCAUUGUUCUGGUGUUUGGCUCGGACUGGAAGCCCACCAGGAAAAAACCCACCGAUCACUGGACAGGACGCCGUCCUCCAUGAUCCCUGCCAAGCCUACCCCAAUAUGAGGCAACACAUGUAUAGACAUCAAAACUAUGGAGAUGCAUAAAUCAUUCACUCAGCACUCAACUUUUUUGGGGGGGUCUCACGUGCUUUGAGAAGUCUUGCAUUCCAUUCCAUUUCUCUGUAGGUCUCUUGCCUAGAGAUUAUAUUUGGUUGGGCUCUGUCAUUUCUGUGGUCUUUAUUUUAAACUUCACAUCUGUUACUCAGUGGGGUCUUCAUCUGUGACUAGGACAGCUUGAGUCUAAUAGCAGAUAGGCUAGGGCUAGGCUUACGUUAGCCACUGUUCCACCAGGUCUCACUGCACUAUUUCAGUAAUAUACCUUAUAUAUCCUGUAGGGUUGUCACGAUACCAGUAUCGCGAUACCUGAUUUUCCAUGGUAAAAAGGAAAACACGAAGCAGAUUAAACUCUUUGGUCCUUUAAAAAAACCUACUAUAUACAUUUGACAUUUUAGUCAUUUAGCAGACGCUCUUAUCCAGAGCGAAUUACAGUUAGUGAGUGCAUACAUUUUCACUUUUUUUCAUACUGUAUGUAACAUAUUGUGUGCUAUAGCGUCGAAAAGAAACAUGGGAUUCUGGGUGACAUCAUCAGGCUGUUUGUUUCUAACAUUAGGACUGUUUUCCUCAGGAAAUUCAGUACGCUUCAUGUUUUGCUUCCUUGCCACGAUACCUCGUAGUAUCGCGAUACUGUUAUCGUGACAACCCUAAUAUCCUGUUUUAUAAUUCAUUUAGCCAUGGAUAUCUAUACUGCAUGUCAGGUCUAUGAAUUAUGUGGUACACCCAUGAUGGUAGAGCAUUCCGGUACUAUCCAUUUCUAAGAAGAGUAGCGUGUUUAUGAACUAUGAAGUUAAGGUAAUAGCAGAAGCUGCUCUCGUAACCAUCUCGUAACUUUCCCUCCCUCGGCCUGCAACAUUUCAGAUCUGUGGGUAUGAUGGCAACAGCUGAUUUAUUUCUGUCUAUUGAGACCAUGAGUGUGUGUGUGUAAGCGUUUGUGUGUGUAGUCUCUUUAUGUCAAUCACUUAGUGAAGCUGUUUUUAAUGCUUCUUAUCGUGGGCUUUUAAUUAUGCACGUUUUAAAUCACUUGUGUUUUUAUACAGUGUGACACACACACACACACACACACACACACACACAGCCUAAACUCUUAGUGCUAAGACAAGGAACUCACUCACUCACUCUCUCUCUCUCACACACACACACACACACACACACACACACACACACACACACACACACACACACACACACACAGUCUGUAGCUCCCAGAAGAGCACAGGGAAGUGAUUGCUAACUCUGUUAGUCAUUCGCCAAGCAUCAUUUCUGCUAAUGUGUGCUUUGAGGAAAUGAAGGGAGUCCCACUUAGUUAAGUGGAUGAUUCACUCUCAUUUUAAUCAUCACCCCAUCCCCUCUACUGCUUUUAGCUGAUCUCUCUCGAUCUCUCUCUUAUCUCUGUAUUGCUCUUUCUCUCUCUGUUUUUUCACUUGCUCUCCUUCCCCUCUCUCUAUCUAUCUUGCUCUCUCUCUGUCAAUCUCUCUGUCGGCUGCUUUGAACUCGUCCCAUUACUUAACAGCUGGCACUGAGACCUCUGUGACUUACUGCUGUCAUUUAGCCUAGCAGCCUUCAAUUCCACACACACACUUCUAAUGAACAUUAGAGCCCGACUGAUAAAUCGGUUGACCGAUAUUAUCGGCCGAUAUUAGCCUUUCACAUAAAUAUUUGUAUCAAGUCUUUAUUCCACAGAUAAAGCGCCAAUUCUAUUAUAUACAUAGAAUAAACAAAUACGUUUUUUUGAAAUGUUCAGUGGUCGCUUUGGAUAAAAGCGUCUGCUAAAUGGCAUAUUAUAUUAUUAUUAUAUUAUAUUGCCUGAAGAGGGUAGUUAGCUUAGCUAGCUAGCAAGCUGUGAUACUUAUGUGCUAACACUGGAUUGGCGCCAAAGUGAACACUCGUUCUUGAUACAAAAAGAACACUGUUACUGUCUGGACCUAUUAUGUUAGCUGGUGGGCUUAUUUAGUUAGUUUUCCCAAAUAUGCAAUCUGCAAAAAGCAAGACAGUUGGCGCAGAUCUAUCAUUCAGGCCAUGUGCUUGCAUUCAUGAUGAGAAAAGUAGCUAACGUUAGCUAGCUAGCAAAAUUAGAACAUGUGACUAAAACCAGUGCCUGCAUAAACGUUUUGUCAUCAGCACAUGCCAUUUGCAGUUGAAAUUUAUAGCCAAUACAUUUUGUAUUGAAGACAUAUGGUUUCUGUAAGAAAAUAUUGUCGUAAUGAACAGCUGGCUUGUGCUUGUCAUAACGUACUCUCAUUGCAAGGUUUCCAAAAAGUGUUUGUUUACAUUACCUUUGAGUGUUGUAAACACUGUCGUAAAUCUACUCAAGACAAAUGCUGACGCUGACACCAAGUGGUGACAUUACGAACGGCAUGUUACUGGUGGUCCUCUGUAGCUCAGCUGGUAGAGCACGGCGCUUGUAACGCCAAGGUAGUGGGUUCGAUCCCCGGGACCACCCAUACACAAAAAAAAUGUAUGCACGAAUGACUGUAAGUCGCUUUGGAUAAAAGCGUCUGCUAAAUGGCAUUUGUUUUUCUUUUUUCUGCAUUUCAAUGCUUAUUUGUGAACUUGUGAACAUUAAACAGGUUUCACUAUCAGAGAGAGAGAGAGAGAGAGAGAUAGAGGAGAGAGAGAAGAGAGAGAUAGAGAGAUAGAGUCGAGAGAGAUAUAUAGGAUCUCUCUCUCUCUCUCCGCUCGCUGCUCUCUGCGCUCUCUCUAGCCUCUCUCGCUCUCUCUCUCUCUCUCUUCUCUCUCCUCUCUUUCUCUCUCGCUCUCUCUCUUUUUUCCCCUACCCCCUUUAAAAAAAUUUUUCCCCCCCCCCCGCAACCUCCCCCUAACCGGGAUAACCCCCUCGCUUCCCAUUGGGGACCUUUUAAAACUAAAAAAAAACCCCCAAAAAAAGCUACCCAAAGGCAACCCCGGCCCGUUGACACAAACCUCCAUUUCCGGGAAAAAAACCACUGUUGGGGGACAGGUAAGUCCCCGUUCCGUGGCUGUUAUAAGCUUUUAAGCCCCUUAAAACAAAUUACAAGCCGCAGGGGCCAAACGGUUACCAGACUUUUCCCACAGUCCCAAAUGAAAUUUCUUCCUGUUUCAAAAUGUCCCUGGGCUUUAAAAACUUUUUUAAAAAAACCACCUUUCCCCCCCCGCCCAAGGCUUUAAAUCCCUCCAAAAAUUAAAAAACCCAAACCCACCCUUUUCUCGCCAAAGUCGAAAAUGGCAUCUCCCCUCAACGCUUUCCCCCCCAACCCCAAACCCACCCAAUUUUUCCCCCCCACAGAUCCACAGAUGAUGCAAUCUCUAUUGCGCUCCACCACUGCCCUUUCCCACCUGGACAAGAGGAACAACCUACGUGAGAAUGCUAUUCAUUGACUCAGCUCAGCAUUCAACACCAUAGUGCCCUCUAAGCUCAUCACUAAGCUAAGGAUCCUGGGACUAAACACCUCCCUCUGGCAACUGGAUCCUGGACUUCCUGACGGGCCGCCCCCAGGUGGUAAGGGUAGGUAACACACAUCUGCCACACUGAUCCUCAACAACGGGGGCCCCUCAGGGGGUGCGUGCUCAGUCCCCUCCUGUACUCUCUGUUCAUCCAUGACUGCAUGGCCAUGCACGACUCCAACACCAUCAUUAGUUUGCCGACGACACAACAGUGGUAGGCCUGAUCACCGACAACGAUGAGACAGCCUAUAGGGAGGAGGUCAGAGACCUGGCCGUGUGGUGCCAGGACAACAACCUCUCCCUCAAACGUGAACCAAGACAAAGGAGAUGAUUGUGGACUACAGGAAAAAAAAGAGGACUGAGCACGCCCCCAUUCUCAUCGACGGGGCUGUAGUGGAACAGGUUGAGAGCUUCAAGUUCCUUGGUGUCCACAUCACCAACAAACUAUCCUGGUCCAAACACACCAAGACAGUCGUGAAGAGGGCACGACAAAGCCUAUUCCCCCCUCAGGAGACUGAAAAGAUUUGGCAUGGGUCCUCAGAUCCUCAAAAAAUUCUACAGCUGCACCAUCGAGAGCAUCCUGACUGGUUGCAUCACCGCCUGGUAUGGCAACUGCUUGGCCUCCGACUGCAAGGCACUACAGAGGGUAGUGCGUACGGCCCAGUACAUCACUGGGGCCAAGCUUCCUGCCAUCCAGGACCUCUAUACCAGGCGGUGUCAGAGGAAGGCCCUCAAAAUUGUCAAAGACUCCAGCCACCCUAGUCAUAGACUGUUCUCUCUGCUACCGCACGGCAAGCGGUACCGGAGUGCCAAGUCUAGGUCCAAAAGACUUCUCAACAGCUUCUACCCCCAAGCCAUAAGACUCCUGAACAGCUAAUCAUGGCUACCCGGACUAUUUGCACUGCCCCCCCCACCCCAUCCUUUUUACGCUGCUGCUACUCUGUUAAUUAUUUAUGCAUAGUCACUUUAACUCUACCCACAUGUACAUAUUACCUCAACUACCUCAACUAGCCGGUGCCCCCGCACAUUGACUCUGCAACGGUACCCCCCUGUAUAUAUAGCCUCCCUACUGUUACUUUAUUUUACUUCUGCUCUUUUUUUUUCUCAACACUUUUUUUGUUGUUGUUUUAUUUAAAAUAAAUGCACUGUUGGUUAAGGGCUGUAAGUAAGCAUUUCACUGUAAUGUCUGCACCUGUUGUAUUCGGCGCAUGUGACCAAUAAAAUUUGAUUUGAUUUGAGAGAGAGAGAAUAGACCAGCUACAGAGACGAGAGAGAGAGAGAAUAGACCAGCUACAGAGACGAGAGAGACACCAGAGAGACCUGAGGAGCAGCCAGCCAGGCAAAGGCAGGUGUGUGUGGCAGACUGGCAGUGGGUGAUGAUAAAUGGUACUAGCCUGCUGUAUUGAUCCCAGAGUGACUCAGUUCUGCUGCUGUGAUUGUCACUGUUGCGUAAACACACUGGGCCACUGAAUACAGCCCUAUGUGACGUCACAUACUGUCUCCUGGGCUGACUGAGUGAUGGGGUCCUGGGUGUUAGAGUCAGAGGUUAGAGGUCAGUUUGACCCUGUGGUGUAGUGAUCCAUGCAAUAUAGGGACAUGUGAUCUCUGGCCAUACAGAUAUUUAUUUUCAGGGUAUGGGUUAAGCACCACGCUGUAAGCAGAUGCAGUAUUACCACGGCUAGUCUACUACAGACAUGUCGUCUAGAUAUUGCCUCAACCAGUUGGAUAAUGCUAAAACGAAGUGGUCGUUUAAAUUAGUGUAUCCAUCCAAAUGACUUACAAUUGGCAUAGUGAAAACAAAACAAGACAUAUAGAGAUCUCUCUACCUGUAUAUGGCUAGGUACCGGUACUUAUAUGUCUGGUCAAUACCAUGCAUAGUUACACACACACAGACAGACUAUUGAUUGAACCAGCCAGAAAGAGACAGGAACAGGAAAAGUAGAGUGUGUCACGUUGUCUCUCCUCCCCCAGGGUUCUGUACCGCAUGUGUCUAGACAGUCCCCCUCUCUCCGUUCCACUCACUGCUACUGUGAGACAGACAUGCAGAUAGACAGAACACACUAUAUAUAGGCUAAACCCUCUAAAGAGAACACUAGCUAAUACCUGCCGGUCUGUAGCUCUACCUUCCUUCAGCCAUUGUGAUUUCAAUUCAUGUGUAUUAGUUACCACUAGUACCACCUUUUGGCUUGGUCCCUGCUUUUUUUUACUGAUUUUAAAAGUAGAUUAAAAAAAAGAGUAGCCUAAAGAAAAAUCCUUGGCUAAAUUGCGCUGCCCAUAGGAUUGAUUAUGAGUGAUGCGAUUUUAAUCCCUUGAAUGAAUGUCACUUGAAGUUUCUCAAUCCAAAUAGUCAAUAUGAUUCUGUAUGAGAAUGAUUCUGACGUAAUUUGAGCAAUGUGGUUUGGGGCGCAGCAGGUCACGUUGAGGUCAGGCUAGAUGUUGGAUCAGAAAAUAAUACACUGUUGAAUCAUAAUUCAGAGAAAUUGACAGAAUGCAUCAACAAACAUUUUUAUAGAAGCUUGGCACCCAAUAAUAAAUAAAGGCUAGCCAAUAGAAUACAAUGCAGAAGUGAAAAGUCUUACAUUGACAACCAUUUUCAGUUCAAACAGCUAUCAGGGUUAAAGGUUACACAGGGGCCACACAAGUCAUCAGUAGCUGGAUGGGCAGUUCCAACCGGAUGGGGCUGUAUGCUAUGAGUAACUCACUACUACUACUACUACUAGCUGUCCUCGUCCUAGGGGUAAGUGAUGUCAUCUCACUGUAAUGAAGGAGUGUCCAGGAGUCAUACUGGAUGGAUGUCUCAUAACCAAAUCCCCAACUGGUUACUACUGGAUGGAUGUCUCAUAACCACAACAACAACUGGUUACUACUGGAUGGAUGUCUCAUAACCACAACACCAACUGGUUACUACUGGAUAGACGUCUCAUAACCACAACACCAACUGGUUACUACUGGAUAGACGUCUCAUAACCACCCCCUGAACCCACAACCGUGGUGUUGCAAGUGCCAUGCUCUACCAACUGAGCCACACGGGACCAACACCAACUGGUACCAACACCAAGUGGUUACUACUGGAUGGAUGUCUCAUAACCACAACAACAAGUGGUUACUACUGGAUGGAUGUCUCAUAACCACAACAACAAGUGGUUACUACUGGAUGGAUGUCUCAUAACCACAACAACAAGUGGUUACUACUGGAUGGAUGUCUCAUAACCACAACAACAAGUGGUUACUACUGGAUGGAUGUCUCAUAACCACAACAACAAGUGGUUACCACUGGAUGGAUGUCUCAUAACCACAACAACAACUGGUUGAUACUGUAUGGAUGUCUCAUAACGCCAACAACAACUGGUUGAUACUGUAUGGAUGUCUCAUAACCACAACAACAACUGGUUGCUACUGGAUGAGUCCGGUGUGGUCUAUAACUGCCUCUGAGUCCUAGUGAUGGUAGAAAGGAAGGGAUGAGGGAUGGAUAAAAAGAGAGGGGGGUGAAGGGGGUACAGGUGGAAUGAGUAGGUGAAAGGUUCACUGAGUGCAUUAGGGUUUAAUAUUUUCCUGGUAUUUUACAAAUGUUCCAUCCCGAGAAUAAAUCACUUUUCUCCCGGGUAACCCGGGUAUUUCCUGCCAAAACCGGAAGUGUAAUUCAAACGCAUAUAAAGCAUAUAAAUAGGCCUUUGUCUGGAUUUGAUUAGAGAUUUGAUCGAAAAUUCAAGCCUGAUGCUACCUGAGCCUGAUGAGCCAUACAUUAAAUACAUUUUCUAAGCUCUACAUUAAAUACAAUUUAUGAGCCCAAGCCCAAAAAAGUCUAAGUGAUUGUGCUGUUAUCCAAUACAUAUAUAAUAUAUAGGCUACUGCACAUUACGCACGACAUAAAAACAUAAAAGCCCAUAGAUGUAGCUAGCAAUAUGCUCUCUUGGGUAAAUAAAUGAAACAAGCUCCAGUAGGCUGAUCUUUUUUUAGUGUGAACUGUAUUACUGUAUUGUAUUGUAUUGUAUUAUACUGUAUUAUAUGGAGUGGAAUUACGCUCCUCCUUCAAAUCAGGAUAAAGUUGGGAGAGAACAUGCAAUUCUGGUGCUGCACAUACGGCCUACAAAGUUACAAGUACAGUGCCUUGCAAAAUUAUUGAUCCCCCUUGCCGUUUUUCCUAUUUUGUUGCAUUACAACCUGUAAUUUAAAUGGAUUUUAAUUUGGAUUUCAUGUAAUGGACAUACACAAAAUAGUCCAAAUUGGUGAAGUGAAAUUCAAAAAAUAACUUGUUUCCCAAAAACAUUUACGGAAAAGUGGUGCGUGCAUAUGUAUUCACCCCCUUUGCUAUGAAGCCCCUAAAUAAGAUCUGGUGCAACCAAUUACCUUCAGAAGUCACAUAAUUAGUGAAAUAAAGUCCACCUAUGUGCAAUCUAAGUGUCACAUGAUCUGUCACAUGAUCUCAGUAUAUAUACACCUGUUCUGAAAGGCCCCAGAGUCUGCAACACCACUAAGCAAGGGGCACCACUAAGCAAGCAGCACCAUGAAGACCAAGGAGCUCUCCAAACAGGUCAGGGAUAAAGUUGUGGAGAAGUACAGAUCAGGGUUGGGUUAUAAAAAAAAUAUCCAAGACUUUGAACAUCCCACGGAGCACCAUUUAAAUCCAUUAUUAAAAAAAUUUAAGAAUAUGGCACCACAACAAACCUGCCAAGAGAGUGCCGCCCACCAAAACUCACGGACCAGGCAAGGAGGGCAUUAAUCAGAGAGGCAACAAAGAUACCAAAGAUAACCCUGAAGGAGCUGCAAAGCUCCACAGCGGAGAUUGGAGUAUCUGUCCAUAGGACCACUUUAAGCCGUACACUCCACAGAGCUGGGCUUUACGGUAGAAUGGCCAGAAAAAAGCCAUUGCUUAAAGAAAAAAAUAAGCAAACACGUUUGGUGUUCGCCAAAAGGCAUGUGGGAGACUCCCCAAACAUAUGGAAGAAGGUACUCUGGUCAGAUGAGACUAAAAUUGAGCUUUUUGGCCAUCAAGGAAAACGCUAUAUCUGGCGCAAACCCAACACCUCUCAUCACCCCGAGAACACCAUCACCACAGUGAAGCAUGGUGGUGGCAGCAUCAUGCUGUGGGGAUGUUUUUCAUCGGCAGGGACUGGGAAACUGGUCAGAAUUGAAGGAAUGAUGGAUGGCGCUAAAUACAGGGAAAUUCUUGAGGGAAACCUUUUUCAGUCUUCCAUAGAUUUGAGACUGGGACGGAGGUUCACCUUCCAGCAGGACAAUGACCCUAAGCAUACUGCUAAAGCAACACUCGAGUGGUUUAAGGGGAAACAUUUAAAUGUCUUGGAAUGGCCUAGUCAAAGCCCAGACCUCAAUCCAAUUGAGAAUCUGUGGUAUGACUUAAAGAUUGCUGUAACCAGCGGAACCCAUCCAACUUGAAGGAGCUGGAGCAGUUUUGCCUUGAAGAAUGGGCAAAAAUCCCAGUGGCUAGAUGUGCCAAGCUUAUAGAGACAUACCCCAAGAGACUUGCAGCUGUAAUUCCAUUUUAAUUCCAGGUUGUAAGGCAACAAAAUAGGAAAAAUGGCAGGGGGGGUGAAUACUUCCGCAAGCCACUCUAUAGGCUAGAGAAUUUGAUUUUAAUUUUGAAGUAUAAUUAGUAGGCUGACUCAUAUAUACAUUUUAUAAUAUUUCCCCUAAUGCUAUAGCCUACCUCCUCUUUCUUUCUCUAAUGUUGCUUCAUUCCUUCCUUGCUUUCAACAGUUAAAUGAAAUUAGUUUUGUUGUCCUUAUCGUCAUUAUUCUAAUGACCAUGAUGAGAUGAUAGGUUUACAUGUAUUGUGAACUGCACUCCAUACUGAGAUGGGCUGUAUGUCCCCACCCUGAGCGUUGAUGAUUCAUCAUGCAGAGGCCGUGGAGAAGCCAGAUUUAGACAUCGCAUAUAAUUUAACAGUUCCGUUUCACGUCAUGCUGUUCAUAUAAGUAAUUUAUUAUAAUUUACCGGUUUCUCGCAGCUAUUUGUCCCGGGAAAAGGGAGUGGUUUUGGGCAGUAAAUAUCGAUAACCGAGUUCCCACCAUUCAACCCUAGAGUGCAUGUGUUUUGUUGUUGACUGGAGGAAAAAGAGAGACAACACACUGAAUGGAGGCCUAUGUUGUUGUUGUUUGUCUUAGUGGUUCUGCAGUGAUGAUGGUCCAGAGCCAGAUGUCUGUCACUACCAUAGAAAUAAAGUCUAGAUUCUAUUUCUAUGGUCACUACAUUGUACAGGGAUGUAGCUCAGUUGGUAGAGCAUGGCGUUUGCAAUGCCAGGGUUGUGGGUUCGAUUCCCACAAAUGUAUGCACUCACUAACUGUAAGUCGCUCUGGAUAAGAGCGUCUGCUAAAUGACUAAAAUGUAAAUGUAAAUGUACAGGGGAUUACAUCAGGAAGAAGAGCAGCUCUGUCAAGCCUCUAUCACUUUCUCUCUUUACUGUCUCUUUCUCUCUCUCUCCUUUCUCUCUCGUUCUCUCUUUCCUGGUGGCUUUAUAACAGGGCUGUUUAUCUCCUGCUUCUGUCUGUGUGUGUGUGCAGCGGAGAGGGGGAGGAAGAGGGAGGAAAGAGGUUCUCCAAAAUCUCUUCUCCCAAAUCUCAUCAACACUCUAGCAGCAGCUCGGGGAAACUCUGCUGAAUGACUCUGCCAUUAUGAAGCUGCUCGCAAUUAUGCAGCAUGAAGCGAUUUUCAUCUCUCCAUCUCUUCUCCCACUAACCAGCCUAUUCUCAAUGGACAGUGAAGAUUGGUGUGUGUGUGCAUGUUUUCGUGUGCGUGCUUGACAGCUGUGUGUGUCUGUCUGUCUUUGUCUGUCUGUGUGUGUGUGUGUGUGUGUGUGUGUGUGUGUGUGUGUGUGUGUGUGUGUGCGCGCACACGCACUCCCUAUCUGCCUGGCCUCUCAGAGAUGGGAACGACCACACCAGCAGCAGUCUUAUCAGUCGGUGGUCAGACAGUGGAAAUGUCAACAUGAUUACACCUGAUGGAAUAUCUGUUGCACCCUCAGCUGAACACAGACAGAUAGGGCUAAACCAGCCUUCCUGCUGCUGGGCCACUGCUAGUACAACCACUAGGCCCUGCUGCACUGACACAAACACUGCUACUAAAAUGCCAUUUUGUCAGGGCUAUGAUCAUUUGAUUGGCACUGUCUCUUAUUGAUCUCCCUCAGACUCUUAUUAUUUCUCUAUUUUAGCCUGGGUUGUGUUCAUUAGGGUGUAAAGCAUUAUAAAUUAAAAUUGAGUGUUUCUCCCCAUUUCCGUCUGUUUCAAAACCCUUUCUUCCUUUUUGUGCUUGAUUUUUCCCUGGUUUGUGCUUCAGCCUACUUCUCUGACAUUCACUGUGGUGCCAAAGUCCUACAUAUCUACCAGGCUACUUCUAUUCCCCCUCUCUGCCAUUCCUUCUCCUCUGACCGAUGUCUCAUCCCUCUCUUCCUCUCCUCCUCAGACUCGCAGCGCUCCCACCUCUCCUUCACCAUGAAGCUGAUGGACAAGUUCCACUCACCCAAGAUCAAGAGGACGCCAUCGAAGAAGGGCAAGCAGCUGCAGGUCGAGCCAGCGGUCAAGAGCCAAGAGAAACCUGUCAACAAGGUGUGUGUGUGUGUGUGUGUAAUGUGAGUGUGUGUGCUUGCCGUGAGAAACCCAGCUCUCCCACCUAUCCUGAUUGUUUACCUACGUGUGUGUGUUGUUGUUUUCCGUCCAGUGCCUUGCUCUGUAUUGUAUUGCUCUGCCCUAUUGUGUGUGUUUGUCUGAGAGUUUCCUGUGGCUUCUGAGUUGUUGUGAGUGCUGCCUCUGGCUGGAUUACAGGUGCUAGCACCAGUAGGUUGAGAGCCUGAGACCCAGGCUGUGUCCCAAAUGGUACAUGGAAAACAUUCCACAGGGAUGCUGGCCCAUGUUGACUCCAAUGCUUCCCACAGUUGUGUCAAGUUGGCUGGAUGUCUUUUGGGUGGUGGACCAUUCUUCACACGGGAAACUGUUGAGCGUGAAAAACCCAGCAGCGUUGCAGUUCUUGACACACUCAAACCAGUGCGCCUGGCACCUACUACCAUACCCUGUUCAAAGGCACUUAAAUAUUUUAUCUUGUCCGUUCACCCGCUGAGUGGCACACAUACACAAUCCAUUUCGCAAUUGUCUCAAGGCUUAAAAAUCCUUCUUUAACCUGAUUGAAGUGGAUUUAACAAGUGACAUCAAUAAGGGAUAACAGCUUUCACCUAAUGUUCCCUAAAGUUUUGUACACUCAGUGUAUGUAGGAUCUUAAUGUGAGUCAGUUUGCUACAGCAGGAAAAUAAUCCUGCAGUAAUGUGAAAUGUGAAUUGUUAUGUGGAUUAAAAUAAAAAUGUUACCAUGUUGUUUUUGUCAAAAGGUGUGCUUUAAUCUUAAACCCUGGACUAAGCUUUCUUUGAAAAUGCAAUUUUCUCCAUCCAUCAAUUAUUAUGUCACAUAGACAGCUGAUUUCCUCCAAGCUUACCAUUUUCAUUGUGUUCAUUAGGGCCAUUCUGCAACAGAAAAAGUUAAAAUAGUACCUCCCCGUUUCACUCGGUUUCCAUCCUUUUGGGGCCUACUGAACACAACCCAGAUUUUUCCAAGCUGAACAUGUCAUUCUAUUUUUAUCUCUUUCUGUUCUGUAGAAGGUGAGUCGGCUGGAGGAGCAGGAGAAGGAGGUGGUGAGUGCUCUGCGUUACUUCAAGACCAUCGUGGACAAGAUGGUGGUGGAGAAGAAGGUGCUGGAGAUGCUGCCUGGCUCGGCCAGCAAGGUGCUGGAGGCCAUUCUACCCCUGGUGCAGGUGGAGGCCCGGAUAACACACAGGUACGUGGGCUGAGACGGGACAGGAGAAAGGCUAGCAUUCAAGAUGGUAUGUAGGUAAAAGGAAAUGGGCUUAGGUUAGUAUUUAGCAUAGGUGAGUGGGAUCUUCGGUCCAGUAUAUGAUCAUACAUCAACCGUUUUUUUUUUUUUUUUUGUAUGAGUUUUUGGUGCCCAAAUAUCUAUUCACUUUGUUAUUUGUUUCCUCAUAUAUUGUACCCAGUCAUAGCCUAGGCAUGUUGCCCCUUAGUGAGAUGGGCUGUGUGCUACAUCCUCACAGAACAUUCUUGCUGAUUUGCCACAAAAUCAUGUAAACAAAUGGUGUCCCCAUUCCCCAAGACCUUAUGUAACAACCUCAUAUAAGUUUUCCGUGUGAGUGUUCAUCUCGAUAGCUCGGGUAUUUCAUUUCAUCAUGUUCUAUUUCUUCAUCUGGAAAGAGCUUCUGUUUUUAUGAGUGACUUCAUCUUUACGUUUCUGUUCAGCACUGUCAACACUUUCUUCAACACUUUUAUCAGCCACGCGCUUCUCCCUAUCCAUUCGUGCUACAAAGUGUAUCAAUAGGCUUGUUUUGUUAUUAUUAGUGGCUUGUGUCUUUUUUAAUAUUGAGGAAUAUUUCCCAUUCCAUGGUCAUAGGAGUAGCAACAUGAAUUGGUGCGUAAGGUACAAAUAAUGAAGUGCUAUUCGAGGUUCGCCAUCAACUGGAAGACGGGGUCUCCUUUUUGGUCAGUCUCCCCCCGCUGAUACUGACCAUCAGAUGCAGGCACCAUCAGUCCAGUAAAAAAAAAGAAGGAAAUUAUUUCAAUUUAUGCUCACUCAGCUGUGCCUCACAAGUAACACAAUGCAUUUCAACGUCAUAGAUUUAGCCGGUGGUAACUUGUGAAAUAGACACUGGCUGGAAUGUGGUUUUAACCAAUCAGCAUUCAGGAUUAGACCCACCCGUUGUAUAAUACCAGUGUGAUCAUAUACCUCAAGUUUUGAAAUAUAAUAAAAACAAUAUCUGAGAAGAACAACAUUGCAUUGGCAGGGCAAUUCAAGCAUUGUAUUGGGCAAUGCCUACUGCAUACACCUCAUUGCUACUGUUUUUAAUAGGUUCAUGUUGAGAAGGCUUAUUUUUUUUAGGUCAUGUUUUAAAGAAAUUCUGAGCGGUAGAUCUUGGCCUGCAUUUUGACUCAGAAAGUGAUCUUGGUUCAGAAAACAUUGGUGACAACUGUCCUAGAUCACAACCCACCUCUGCUUCUGGAACCACCUGGGUCCAGUGCCUGUAUUCAUAAAGUGUCUUAGACUAGGAGUGUUGAUCUAGGAUCAGGUCCCCACUGUCUAUGUCAUCUUAUUCUUGGUAAACUCAUGGGGAGGACCGUUCUAUAGAUUAUAUUUCUCUGAGCUGUAUCCUGUAGAGACAGGAGGGAUAUUCCAGAGUUGUGAAUCAGCUGCAGCGUGUUGGGACUGGUAUGAACCUCCACCACCCCCAAGUGUUUCUCAAUGCUCCAUUCAGCACAGGCACUAUACUGUAUUUAGCAGCCACACACACCUAGAACAGAACAGGCACACAUUCUCCACUUAAUACCACCACAAACACACUUUUUCCAGUCACACACACGCGCACACACUUCCUCAAUAAAUCCCCUCAGGGGAGACAUUGAGUUAACCCCCUGUGUGGAUGCAUAUGGCAGCCUCAGUCACAGUGCGGGAGAAAAUAUGUAGUCCUUUAGUCUAGCAAGUUGUCCGUAUUCUCAAUCUAUAGAGCCUGACAUUAAAUGUUGUAUCCCUCUUUCCUCUUCCCUACACCCACACUCUGUUCCCCUCUUCCACACUCUGUUCCCCUCUUCCAUUCUCUGUUCCCUUCUUCCAUUCUCUGUUCCGUUCUAUCUUUGUUCCCUUCUUACACUCGCUUUCAUCCUUCCUUCCCUCUUUUUCUCUGUAACCCUGCCAUCACUACUGUUCUAUGCCCUCUCCCUUUUUCUCAAUCUCUGCCUUUCCAUUCUCCCCCUCUUUUCUUUCUCCCCCCCCAUCUCAGCAUCCCCUUUCUCUCCAUCUCUGCCUUCCUGUCGUUUACCGUCGCUUCUCUUCUCUCUCUCCUUUCUCCUCAGUUCGGCUGUGUCGUCGUGUCACAACCGGGUGUACCAGAGCCUUGCCAACCUGAUCCGCUGGUCCGACCACGUCAUGCUGGACGGCAUCGACCUGGAUGACAAGGACAACGUGGUCGCGGUCACGACUGUCAUCAAGGCCGUCCUGGAUGGGGUCAAGGUAAGAGGGACAAUUUGUAAGUCGCUCUGGAUAAGAGCGUCUGCUAAAUGACGAAAAUGUAAUGUAAAUGUAAUGGUCGGUGGGACUGUGAAACGAUAGCUUGCAGCUUUCCACGGCUCUCAGAGAGGGUCAUAUUGUCUAUUUCUCCCUUGCCGAGCUGGGGCAAAUACAUUUGUCAAAUAGGCCUACUUUCAAAUACGUAUGCUGUGGUUUGGUUAGCUUGCCUGGUACAAUGGCACCAAAUGGAAUGGUCCUGAAAGGGCAAACUCCAAGCUGAAUAAAUUGCACCUCAAAUACUUCCAAAGUCUUUGCAACUGAAUAUAUUUGACCCAUGUCUGCUCUCUGGCCACUCAGUUUUUGUCUAAAUCAUCUAAUGAACACAUCUAAAAGAAGAAGAGGUUUGAAAAACAGUAUACUGUACACAUUGAAGUUGUGUGGUUCUAACAGGAGCUGGUCAAACUCACCAUAGAGAAACAGGAGCAACCCUCGCCCACCACACCGAACAAACCACCACCGCCGCCUGUCACUACCCCAGAGAGGUGAGUGAAUGCACACACACACACACACACACACACACCAGACACACACACUAACUCACUCUCUUGUUCUGUUCCCAGCAGGUCAGAGUUGCCACUGACAGAACGGGAGAGAGAGAUCCUGAGUAAAACCCCGCCCACCGAGGCUGUGAAGGACAUGGCAGAGGAGGACAUAGCCCCGCCCAAACCCCCCCUCCCUGGCCUGAAGAUGGAUGCGCUCAGGUGAGUAACACUGGACUCCAUCUUUGGAUAGAAUCGACAGUGGCAUACGAAUAGUAUGCACCAGGGCCCACCUGACCAGACCGAAUCUUUGGGCCUUUUAGUUUUAGGGCCCAGAGUUUUAUCACUAGGACCCAGAGUUUUUCCCUGGUCAAGUCACGUGGUCUAGAGAAACUCAGUGUCUUAAAUAUGAUGUAUUCAACAUUUUCAGUUUUAGGGCUUAAUCUUCUCAUCCCCCUGUCCUCAUCUGCAUUAAUUGAAUUGGCUUCUUCCAUAUAUUUUGAGUGAGAUAUUUAUUUAACUUGGAUGAAGGCGAAUACAUUAGGAGAGGAAGCUACUUGAGACUAUUGAAAUGCACCCAGGUAGAGUGAGAGUGGUUUCAGUACUGGCCUGACUCUCUUUAUCUUAGUGAAACAAAAACAAAAACCACACAUGUUCAGAAUAUUUCACUCUGUAUGAGUUGUGGCACACUGAUUUCAAUGAGUGAAAUUCUCAUUCUCCUGCUUUCAAGUUCCUGUUUCUGACUGUCUUAAAGCGGUCAUGUUUGUUACUGUAAGUUCCUGGUGGAUAGAGAAGUUCCCCACCUCCACGGUUAUGAGAAGGAACCUGCGGUCUCGAGUGUCUGCAGUCAGAAAAAAGCAGAAGCAGCCCUGUGCCACAUGGUGUCAGUGACCACUUCUGUGGUGCUGUUGCGUGAGCACUUCUGAACCUUUUCUUUUAGAAUUCUGCCAAAGAGGAAGUGAAGUGAAGAUAAAACUGAAACGUUUACACUGGUCAGCAUAAAUUAUUUUUGGUGCUGUUACUUGAAAACUUCUGAACGUUUUCUUUUAGAAUUCUGCCAAAGAGGAAGUGUAGAUAUAACUGAUAUGUUGACGCAAGUCAGCAUUAAUCAUUUUUGAUUGACAUGAGGUCAGGGUCUAUUUAUGAACUAGGUCUAAUUGAGUCUGAAACCUUUCAUGAUAUCUCAUCUGCUGGAAUAGGGUUCCAUUUGGGAUGCACACAGCUGUCAAUGUGGAAUAAUCCAGUCUUUUUAUCCAUAAUUUUCAAACAAAUGUGGGUAGAAAUAUUUUAUCUUAAAGAGGAAUUGUAUUAAUCUACAACAUAAAGUGCCUUCAGAAAGUAUUCACACACCUUGACUUUUUCCACAUUUUGCUGUUACAGCCUGAAUUUAAAAUGGAUUAAAUAGAGAUGUUGUGCCACUGAUCCACAUACACACAAUACCCCACAAUGUCAAAGUGGAAUUUUUGUUUUUAGAAUUUUUUAUGAAAAUGAAAAGCUGAAAUGUCUUAAGUCAAUAAGUAUUCAACCCCUUUGUUAUGGCAAGCCUACAUACAUUCAGGAGUAAACAUUUGCUUAACAAGUCACAUAAUAAGUUGCAUGGACUCACUCUGUGUGCAAUAAUAGUGUUUAACAUGAUUUCUGAAUGACUACCUUAUCUCUGUACCCCACACAUACAAUUAUCUGUAAGGUCCCUCAGUCAAGUAGUGAAUUUCCAACACAGAUUCAACCACAAAGACCAGGGAGGUUUUCCAAUGCCUCGAAAAGAAGGGCACCUAUUGGUAGAUGGGUAAAAAUAAAUAAAGCAGACACUGAAUAUCCCUUAUUAUUAAUUACGCUUUGGAUGGUUUAUCAAAACACCCAGUCACUAUAAAGAUACAGGCGUCCUUCCUAACUCAGUUGCCAGAGAGGAAGGAAACUGCUCAGGGAUUUCACUUUAAAACAGUUAGUUUAAUGGCUGUGAUAGCAGAAAACUGAGGAUGGAUCAACAACGUUGUAGUUACUCCACAAUACUAACCUAAAUGACAGAGUGAAAAGAAGGAAGCCUGUUUUUGCAAUAAGGCACUAAAGUAAUACUGCAAAAAGUGUGGCAAAGAAAUUAACUUUAUGUCCUGAAUCAAAGCAUUAUGUUUGGGGCAAAUCCAACACAACACAUCACUGAGUACCACUCAUCAUAUUUUCUGGUGGUGGCUGCAUCAUGUUAUGGAUAUGCUCGUCGUCGGCAAGGACUAGGGAGUUUUUUUAGGAAAAUCCUAGAGGAAUCGUAGAGGAAAACCUGGUUCAGUCUGCUUUCCAACAGACACUGGGAGACAAAUUCACCUUUCAGCAGGACAAUAACCUGAAACUCAAGGCCAAAUAUACACUGGAGUUGCUUACCAAGACGACAUUGAACGUUCCUGAGUGGUCUAGUUACAGUUUUGACCUAAAUCAACUUGAAAAUCUAGGGCAAAACUUGAAAUUGGCUGUCUAGCAAUGAUCAACAACCAACUUAAUGGGCAAAUAUUGUACAAUCCAGGUGUGCAAAUCUCUUAGAGAUUUACCCCAAAAGACUGUAAUCGCUGCCAAAGGUGGUUGAAUACUUAUCUAAUCAAGAUAUACAGUUGAAGUCGGAAGUUUACAUACACUUAGGUUGGAGUCAUUAAAACUCGUUUUUCAACCACUCCACAAAUUUCUUGUUAACAAACUAUAGUUUUGGCAAGUCGGUUAGGACAUCUACUUUGUGCAUGACACAAGUAAUUUUUCCAACAAUUGUUUACAGACAGAUUAUUUCACUUAUAAUUCACUGUAUCACAAUUCCAGUGGGUCAGAAGUUUACAUACACUAAGUUGGCUGCCUUUAAACAGCUUGAAAAAUUCCAGAAAAUGAUGUCAUGGCUUUAGAAGCUUCUGAUAGGCUAAUUGACAUCAUUUGAGUCAAUUGGAGGUGUACCUGUGGAUGUAUUUCAAGGCCUACCUUCAAACUCAUUGCCUCUUUGCUUGACAUCAUGGGGAAAUCAAAAGAAAUCAGCCAAUACCUCAGAAAAGGAAUUGUAGACCUCCACAAGUCUGGUUCAUCCUUGGGAGCAAUUUCCAAACGCCUGAAGGUACCACGCUCAUCUGUACAAACAAUAGUAUGCAAGUAUAAACACCAUAGGACCACGCAGCCGUCAUACCGCCCAGGAACGAGACGCAUUCUGUCUCUUAGAGAUUAACGUACUUUGGUGCGAAAAGUGCAAAUCAAUCCCAGAACAACAGCAAAGGACCUUGUGAAGAUGCUGGAGGAAACAGGUACAAAAGUAUCUAUAUCCACAGUAAAAUGAGUCCUAUAUCGACAUAACCUGAAAGGCCGCUCAGCAAGGAAGAAGCCACUGCUCCAAAACCGCCAUAAAAAAGCCAGACUACAGUUUGCAACUGCACAUGGGGACAAAGAUCUUACUUUUUGGAGAAAUGUCCUCUGGUCUGAUGAAAUAAAAAUAUAACUGUUUGGCCAUAAUGACCAUCGUUAUGUUUGGAGGAAAAAGGGGGGCCUUGCAAGCCGAAGAACACCAUCCCAACCGUGAAGCACGGGGGUGGCAGCAUCAUGCUGUGGGGGUGCUUUGCUGCAGGAGGGACUGGUGCACUUCACAAAAUAGAUGGCAUCAUGAGGAAGGAAAAGUAUGUGGAUAUAUUGAAGCAACAUCUCAAGACAUCAGUCAGGAAGUUAAAGCUUGGUCGCAAAUGGGUCUUCCAAAUGGACAAUGACCCCAAGCAUUCUUCCAAAGUUGUGACAAAAUGGCUUAAGGACAACAAAGUCAAGGUAUUGGAGUGGCCAUCACAAAGCACUGACCUCAAUCCUAUAGAAAAUUUGUGGGCAGAACUGUAAAAGCGUGUGCGAGCACGGAGGCCUACAAACCUGACUCAGUUACACCAGCUCUGUCAGGAGGAAUGGGCCAAAAUUCACCCAACUUAUUGUGGGAAACUUGUGGAAGGCUACCCGAACUGUUUGACCCAAGUUAAACAAUUUAAAGACAAUGCUACCAAAUACUAAUUGAGUGUAUGUAAACUUCUGACCCACUGGGAAUGUGAUGAAAUGAAUAAAAGCUGAAAUAAAUCAUUCUCUCUACUAUUAUUCUGACAUUUCACAUUCUUAAAAUAAAGUGGUGAUCCUAACUGACCUAAGACAGUGAAUGUUUACUAGGAUUAAAUGUCAGGAAUUGUGAAAAACUGAGUUUAAAUGUAUUUGGCUAAGGUGUAUGUAAACUUCCGACUUCAACUGUAUUCAUGUUUUAUUUUUCAUUCAUCUUUUUAAAAAAAAUAUCAAUUUGAAUCCCAAUUUGUAACAACAAAAUGUGGAAAAGGUCAAGGGGUGUGAAUACUUUCUGAAGUCACUGUAAGCCUAGAGGAUUUUCUCCUCUUUAGUGGAAAAAGGAUCAUCAUAAGAGGUGGCGAAACAGAAACGGAAGGUGGUAGACAGGCAGUGGUAGACAGGCAGUGGUAGACAGGCAGUGGUAGACAGGCAGUGGUAGACAGGCAGUGGUAGACAGGCAGUGGUAGUCAGGCAGUGGUAGACAGGCAGUGGUAGACAGGCAGUGGUAGUCAGGCAGUGGUAGACAGGCAGUGGUAGACAGGCAGUGGUAGACAGGCAGUGGUAGACAGGCAGUGGUAGACAGGCAGUGGUAGACAGGCAGUGGUAGACAGGCAGUGGUAGACAGGCAGUGGUAGACAGGCAGUGGUAGUCAGGCAGUGGUAGACAGGCAGUGGUAGACAGGCAGUGGUAGACAGGCAGUGGUAGACAGGCAGUGGUAGACAGGCAGUGGUAGUCAGGCAGUGGUAGACAGGCAGUGGUAGUCAGGCAGUGGUAGUCAGGCAGUGGUAGUCAGGCAGUGGUAGACAGGCAGUGGUAGACAGGCAGUGGUAGACAGGCAUUCAGUUUCUGUGGGCUUAAGGAAGCGGCCUUGGACUUAGCCAGAAGAUUAGAUCAAAACCUUGAAUACUACUACUAGGCUUUUGAGGUGCACUGCUGUCUGUCUCUCUUUAUUUUUUCUCUCUGUCUGUCUGUAUCUCUCUCAACUCUCAUUUCAUAUUUUUAUCUGUGCUUUCCAUCCCUCUCUCCACAUUGUCCGGGAACAGAGCACACUUGGCUACUGACCGCUCUGUCGCUGGCCAAAGGAGAUCCACAAAGACUGACACGUACGUUAGCAAAUAGGGUCAUCCCCCUGAAUUGUGACAUCCCGCUUCCUUAAUAACUGUCCAAUCCCGUCCUGGAAGCAUCUUGAUAGGUGGAGUGCCUGAUUGGUGGAGUGUCGUGUCUUGCAUGCUUGAGUUCCUAAUUAUGCGUCAUUGCAUCACGCCGUGCAAUGAAGCCCUCAUCCAAUCAGGAGAAAGCUUGGUGCAUGAGUGUGUACCAAUGACGUCAUAUAAACAUUAAUAUAUGAAUCUGUUUGGUGUGUACAUAUCAUAACUGUCAUAAUUUACCCAGUCAUAGUCCCCCAUGUCUCCUUGACCUGCUGAUUUUAUGAUGUGCCAUUGACUUGUGAUGAUUGCAGUGUGAUAACCUGGAAAGCCCAACUUCUGUUUGGGAUAUUCCAAAGGUGAUCGAAAAAGAGGCAUUAAGCACGAAAUGCUGAUUUUACCAUGACAACCCCUCAGUGUCAUAUCCCACAAUCUUGCUCAAGGAGCAGUAAACUGUGUGUGUGUGUAUUUCUUUUGUCAGCCUGGUUGGGCCUAAAAACCUCCAUUCUCACUGAUAGUCCUACGUCCUACUUCUCUCUCUCCAGUCCACCUCCAGCCCUGCCCCCAAAGAAGCGUCAGUCGGCCCCGUCGCCCACCCGGGUGGCAGUGGUGGCCCCCAUGAGCCGUGGCUCCAGCCUGCCCUGCAGCGCCCACAGACAGGUACCACCAACCCACACCAAGGGUUAUGGUUGAAUAACACCCACUUACUCGAUAGUAAUACUGUGGUCUUGUACACUGGUCUACUAUAGAGCAUCUGCAUCAGAGUAUGGUGUUGAUCAGGGUGGAUUACCAGACUAUAGUGAAAUAAAGUGAUAACGUGAUACAGUGAUAGAUACAUAACUAGUGACUGACUAAAUCAGACUUGAUUAGGCCGGCCAUUACUGGAUCAUAUAUCCACAAAGUUUUCUAUUGUUUGAUGAAACUGACUGUGUAGCUGACUUAACUGGUUUCUCCUUUGAUUUUCUGUCUGUGUGUAUGUGUCUGCCUGUCUGUCUGUCUCUAUGUCUGUCUUUGUCUGUCUGUAUGUUUGUCUGUCUGUGUGCGCAGCAGCAGGACUAUGAGCAGGAGUUCCUCCAGAGGCGUUUCUCGGGGGGCAGCCAGUCAUACGGGUGCGACUCCCCGCGCCUCUCGCCCUACAGCAGCAUGGGGAAGCUCAGCAGGUCUGAAGAGCAGCUCUGCUCCAUGGAACAGGACAGUGGACAGUGCUCCAGAAAUACUAGCUGUGAGACACUGGGUAGGAGCACAAACACAUAUACAUUCAAUUAGACACUCAUCAUAGUCACAGUUGAUCUUUAUACACUGUCUGUACCCAAAUAGAAACGAAUACACAAGCACUCCAAUUCAAACACACAUUUUUUCACACACUAUAAAAUACACACAACACAGUACAAUUGUUUUAGUAAAGAUGGACAAAAAUACAUAGACUGAACAAACACCCACUUUACACGUCAACAGCCUCACCUCACCUAACCACAAACACUUGUUAUUUUCUCUACAAAUGUCUCCCUCUUUCUAACCUCUUGUCGCUGUCUCCUUUUACAACACAUUUCACUGCACCUAUUUUUUUUUUAUCCAGACAACACAGAGGGUUACGACCCCGACUACGACUUCCUCCACCAGGACCUCGCUGUCUUCACAGGGGACCCCCACCUGCCCUCCACCGCCGCCCCCUCAGGGGUCACGUCCCUGUCCCCCCUCCCUGAGUCCCACAGCGAGUGCCCCUCCCCCGUCCCUCCUCACCCCCGGUUCAGGUCCCCACCCGUCCCCCACCACCAACAACCCCACCCACCCCAUUCCGAGCACUGGACCCCCGUCAUCCCCUUGCUACCAUCCCGCGUCAGUGCUCCUCCAGCGUUACCCCAGAAGAAGCGACGCAGCUCCCAGGUUUCGCCCUAUCAGGACGGUUGUGGCUCCUCGGGGGGGCCCUUCAACGAGAGGUCCCCCUCCCAAUACGAUAACCUGUCAGAGGAGGAGCUGCUGCACCCCACGCCCCCCUUCCCCCUCUUCAUGCCCAAUUCGCCCAUGCCCCAGAGCAACGGGGGGGUGUUCGUGGCCCAGCACCAGGCUAACGAGAACGCCGACGUGCCCUCCAGUCCACCGCCGCUGCCUGAGAAGAGGAACAAGCACGGUGAGUGGCAGAGGGAGAAAUGGAGACUGGGUGUGCGGGAGAAAGGAAGGGACAGAAGGAGUGGAAGAGAUUGAGGGAAAGAUGGGAAAAUUGAGGCUGGGAAUGUGCAUGUUAACGUUUCACUUUAAUCACUUUUAAUCUCCUGCUAUGUAAUCUCCUCCCAGUCCUGGCGUACAUGCAGUUUGUGGAGGACUACUCGGAGCCCCAACCCUCAGUGUUCUACCAGACCCCACAGAAUGAGAGCAUCUACCAGCAGAGGAACAAACGCUUCCAGGACGUCUACGGCCUCAACGACUCCUUCAGCAGCACUGACUCGGUCCACGAGCCCCUUCCCAUACCCCUCUUCCCACCCCCCGCCCUGCCCCCCAAGCAGAGGCAGCUGGUGAGUGUGUGUGUGUGUGUGUUCACCCUCAAGUCCUCACCCCCCCACUCACACAUUCUGGGAGCCCUUAUUGACUACGCCACCUCAGAGCUCACCAGUGGAAUUUCUCAAUCCUCUGUAGCGGUCUUGUUUCAGAAGGACACUAGAGAUUGA